AUGUGCCUAUUUGUGGAGACCCACUACUCCAAUUGCAAGCAUACGUGCUUUGAGCUCUACCUCUUUUGCCGCGAGAUCCUGCACCAACUGAACCGUAUCAACGAUCCGGAGCAGCUUAGAGACUACGCUUUGCCAUUUGACCCCGAUUGUCCUACCUGUCAGCCAUACACAGUCACAAGUGGUUCGAUGGCAGAGAGCAACCGCCCACAACAACAGUUUGAUCAGAGAGCUCCUUCUAUGCAGCAAAUUGGCCAACUUCCUCUGCUCAGGUUUCCUCCACCGACUAUCGCUCUGCCCGGAGUGUCUAUGGAACACACUCAUAACCAGAGUCAGCAUGGUCCUCAAAUGGUUAUGCCUGGUCAUCAGAAUCAACUCUUCAACGGAUCGCCUAUGCAGUAUCCGCAUGCUCAGGGCCAGCAACUUUUGAGUCAGCAAUCUGCUGCUCAACCACCAAUCCCUGGCUUGACAUACAUUCAGGGUUCUGCGCCCGCUAGUACCAUAAAACCAACCACCCUUCGUCCGGAUUUGAACUAUCUGAGUGCGAUUUCGGAGAGUAAUAUUGUGCACCAGAUGAUGGAUUUAGUGGAGAGUUGUCCUAAUUGUACUACAAAAGCAGUGUGA